AGAUGGGAGAUUGGAACUUCCUCGGUGGGAUCUUGGAGGAAGUGCAUAUCCACUCUACCAUGGUGGGAAAGACCUGGCUGACCAUCCUCUUCAUCUUCCGGAUGCUAGCACUUGGCGUUGCUGCAGAAGGUGUGUGGAACGAUGAGCAGGCCGACUUCAUCUGCAACACAGAACAGCCAGGGUGCCGCAAUGUGUGCUACGACCGAGCCUUCCCCAUCUCUCUCAUCCGCUACUGGGUUCUCCAGGUCAUCUUCGUCUCCUCGCCCUCUCUGGUUUACAUGGGCCACGCCAUCUACCAGCUGCGAGCUCUGGAGAAGACGCGUCACACUAAGAAGGCGGCUCUGCGUCGGGAGCUGGAGGCGGUGGAAGUGGAGCUGAUUGAGGUGCGGAGACUUAUCGAGAGGGAGAUGAGACAACUGGAUCUGGGGAAGCUCAACAAGGCCCCACUGAGGGGGUCCCUGCUACAGACCUACGUGGCCCACAUCAUCACUCGGUCUGUGGUGGAGGUGGGCUUCAUGCUGUGCCAGUACCUCCUUUAUGGCCACCACCUGGACCCUCUAUUUAAGUGCAAGAGGGAGCCCUGCCCAAAUGUGGUGGACUGCUUUGUCUCCAGGCCCACGGAAAAAAACAUAUUCAUGAUGUUCAUGCAGGGCAUCGCCGCAGUGUCCCUCUUCCUCAGCCUCUUGGAGAUCAUGCACCUGAGCUACAAGAAGCUCAAGAAGGGCAUCCUGGCCUAUCAAACACAUCUCAAGGAUGACAUGGAUGACUACCAUGUUAGCAAGUCCAAAAGAAACUCUGUUGUGCAACAGGUUAACAUGGGGGCCACCUCUGUGGGCCCCAAGCCUACUAUCCACACAGCACAGAGUGGGUACACAUUCCUGCUGGAGAAGCAGGGUAAUGGAUCCACAUAUCCCCUCAAUGCCUCUUCUGCCUUUGUUCCCAUUCAGGGGGACCCUGGAGUCAAACCAGGUACUGACAGCCACAAUACAGACAGUAAGGAGGGAGUGUUGCCAAGUCCUACUGAGCACAACAGCAACUCAAACACCAGCAGUGAGAUGACUCGGUCUCCCUAUGUGGAUCAGCCAGAGGACCUUGUCAUGGAUCCUCUCGCCCGCCACGUAGAUCCUCUCGCCCGCCACGUAGAUCCUCUCGCCCAUCUCCCCCACCAUGUGGGCUUCAAUUCACAGGGCUCCGAGUACCCCGGGGUAGAUGCCUUCUCAUGUCCGACCCUGUCGGUCAUUGUGAGGAAACCACGACGGGUCAGUGCCCCAUGGAACUGUUCCACAGUGGUGGAAGGGAAUGGCUCAAAUAGUGGGGACUCCUACCCUGGGACAAUAAGAAUGAAACCACGCUGCAGCUUAGCUGCCAGCCGAGCCAGGGCCUUCUCUAAGCCGGACCUCAAGAGAAUGAGCAGACCUCAUAGCCCAGACUCAAUAGGAGAGCUGAGGUCUGCGUCCCGGCACAGCCAUGAUGGCAACAGUCCUCCUGUCUGCUCUCCCAACCGCCAUAUGUCAUUGGCAAGUAACGCCACAAGCAGACGAGCACCAGGCGACCUGCAGAUCUAA